AACUCUCUAAUAUGUUGUUCGCUCUUAAAUAAAAUGAAAUCACUUUAGGUUGGUCUUAAUUGGUUCAAUUAAUCCAAAACCGAAAUCGACAUCGGUUUCUUGCUUCUCCUUCUUCCCCUCCGCUACCAACAUUAUUAUUUUAUCUCCCUAUUCUCCGACCCAUCCGAUUUUGCAUCUGUUCAACCUGGACGAGAUUUCUCCUCUUGUGACACACACACAAACACACACACACCACUUGUCUCUUCGUCAUGGCCAGAAGCUUAACAUUUACCUUCCUAAUAACAUCUCUUACUCACUUCUCCGUCUGUGGACGCUGCCAGACACAUCUUUCUCGUCUUCAAUGAUGGAUACGGUGGGUUGUUUUUGCAUUGUGUCACCAACACCCACUUAAAAAAAACAGUAGAAAUCAACCCUUGUUUGCCAGGGCUGAACUGGAUCUGGGUUCAGUUAAAAGAGAAAGAAAAGGAGACAAAGCUACCCACCUCCUUCAAACAUAUCAACAUCUACACACACUCAUCUUCAUUCUCAUCAACAUCAUCUCCACAUCGUCGAUAAUGCUUUACCUAAGUGCAGUCCUAUUCAACCACCUGCGUACCUAAACAUAACAACAUUAUCGCUUAUAUGAUCUUUCCCUCUUAUCUCCGGCAUUCAAUUUAAUGAGGGUUUGAACUUACAUCAACUGGAGCCAAAACCCUGCUUUCAAAACAUCACUAUCGACGCUCAUAACUGAGCUGAUCAAUACUAUUAUUAUUAUUAUUAUUAUUAUUACCACUGUUAUUUCUCCAUUUCAUUGGUGUUUUUACAGAGAAGGGAUCGAGACCAGUCCGAUCCCUCUCUAUAUUUCUUCCCUGUUCCACAAAUCACGGUUUACCCAUGGAAGUUAUACAGCUGAUCUGUGAACAGUUGAGGUUACCCACGCAACACAUACGGUGGUUAGGGUCUCCGGUGAACUCUGCCGUUUGUUUGGUGUCUAAAGAAUGGUUGAAGAACAUCAGCCGGGAAACUAUUGGUGGUGGCACAUGUGAUGACCAGGUGUAUUUAGCUGCUGACCUCUGUGAUGAAUAUUUAGCAGCUUCCAACGAUGACCUUCCCUUGGAAUGGUUACGUGUUCUGGUCAGGGUAGUUGAUAAAUCUGACCAGCUUAUCAAUGAUUUACCUGACCGUCCUCUCUGUUGUGACCUGAAGGACUACAGCCUGUCUGAAUUGUUGACAUACAUUUGUCAGGAAAAUCGAAAGAACCUCUAUCAGAAUGCCUGCUUAAACUUACUCACGCGGCAAGUGACGAGCGACGGUAAAAAGAGGAAGUUUACAGAUUUAUUCCGUGAAAUUGUACUGCGGUUCAAACCAAGACAUGUGAUUCGAAUUGAUGGUUGCCAACAGCAACAUCAACAACAGCAGCAGCAGCAACAACAGCAACAAUCCCGUUCAUCACCUUUGCCCUCAGCAACAGAGGGAUCUUCAACUCAACCAUUCCAUAAUGUAGUCCCAAUACAUCUGUUUCUGGAACUUUCUGAGCAGUUUCUGCUCAUUCAACCCUACUUUCCAUACACACUGUGGGAUGUGGUCUCCUAUAGCCCUUCUUUGUUCAAGGAGUCACAUGCCAAAUCCCUCUUUGUACAAUACCAGAUUCUCCAAACCUUACAGUAUGCACAUAGCAGGGGCAUCUCUGCCGGUCAUUUGAAGUUGCAUCAGGUCAAUGUUGAUAAGAAGCUUUGGGUAAACCUCUCCUUACCUCAUGUGUCCUUCCAAUGCAACCUGACCAUCAACAGACCAGAAACGAAGAGCAACAUAUCUACUUCAGUAUUCCCUUAUUCCUCCCCUAAGCUCACGAGAUCCUUAGUUGAUGAUGCUCAGAAUUUUGUCCGUUCUUGCCUGUACACGGUUUAUUCCAUUGAUGAUCUCUCUAACAUUGUGUCCGACUGGGUUCAUCGGCGUCUCAGCAACUUCAAGUAUUUGAUGAUACUAAACCAUUUGGCCGGUCGGCGCUUUGGUGAUCCUAACAACCACCCAAUUUUGCCGUGGGUCUCAGACUUCACCUCUGAACACAAAAACUUCCGCGACCUCUCAAAAACGAAGUAUCGCUUGAACAAGGGUGACCGUCAACUAGACUUGACCUAUGAAGAAAUGCCUAUAGUUUCAGGGGACCCAGCACACCGCUCUACUUACAUUCCACACCACGUGUCUGAUGUACUGUCCGACAUCACCUACUAUGUGUACAAAGCACGAAGGACAUCAAAACCAAUACUGUGUGCCCAUGUGCGACCAUACUGGGUGCCCAGUGAGUACCCAGCUAGUAUUACUCGUAUCCAGCAGUGGACACCAGAUGAGUGCAUUCCAGAGUUUUUCAUUGAUCCAUCUAUCUUCAAAUCAUUACAUGCUGACCUGCCUGACCUCGCAGUACCUAACUGGUGCAGGAACCCGCAUGAUUUCAUCUCAAAGCACAUGGCCAUGCUGGAGAGUAACCGAGUGUCUGCUGGCCUCCAUGACUGGAUCGAUUUGACAUUUGGAUACAAGCUGAGUGGAGAAGCAUCUGUGGAAUCCAAAAAUGUCCACUUGCAAUUGGUGGACAACCAUACUAACGUGACCAACUGUGGUGUUGUCCAGCUGUUUGACCAUCCUCAUCCUCAACGAAUCCUGCCGCCAAAGAAACUCUACUUUGAAUAUGAGACACUCCAGGUUUCUGUGAAUCGUGAUGGAUCUGGAUCAGAAGAUUGUUUCAGUUUUACUGAAGACCAGUCUUGUGACAAUGACUAUAUGUGGUUCGGAGACAAUAUCCCUCUCAGCAUGGACGACAAGCCAUUAUCGAACCUAGAACACCUUGAAGCUUUGUACUCUUUCAGUCCUAAAGCUGUUUGCAAUCAGCCCAGAGAGUCUUCUACACAGGGGUCCAGUUUCCUCUCGCCUAAAGUCACCGUGACUCAUGACAUGCAGGCAUUCGGCUGUUUACUGGGUGAGAUGUUCCUUGGCCACAAAACCCGUCUUUUGGGUCCCAGCGCUCCUCUCAAAGAACAGUACCAGCUAAUCUACAAAUUGUGCCAAAUGGAUAUCAGUGCUAUUCCUAGACCGUUACGACAAGCAGCCACCAUAUUGCUACAGCUAACUGAAGAAUUUAAACCGCUCCUUGGUGACACUGGUCCCGUCUUCAACUACGUUCCAAUCAACGAACUGGGGUUGCCUCCACCCACCCCAAGCCUCCUCACCCACCAAAUGGUUGACAUCAUUCCAUUUCCUUCUUAUUUCCCCCAGCUCUAUCACUGCCUCUGUCACCUCAAACAGAUUGACUUUGAAAUUGAACAGCUACAACUGUCCAAUGACAAAACCACUGCUGAAAGAUGCAAGUUGGUCAAAGUAUUGGCACGAGAGAAAGUGGCCAUUCUCCAGGCAUUCUUGCAAAAGUACGAUGUGGUCCUUGGUCAAGAAGGAGUUGAUCUUCUAUUGCCUUAUGUUGAAGAACUUCUUCAGAACAAUGAGACAGCGGUGCAAGCUGCCUGGACCCUGUUUGACAUUAUGUCUUGCCAGCUUGGUCCUGAAGUUGCAAAGAAGAAAUUCCUUCCUCAAAUAGUGAAACUUUAUGCUGAAGAAUUUUCUACCCCAAAGCAUAUCAAAUUGCACCACCACAAAUUCCUUGUACAGUUGCUGGUGCGUUUUCAGCUUCAGACAUUCCUUGAAAAUUUUUCAACACUUCUUGUAGAGGCAGUGGCUGGUUAUAAAGACUUUGUCAUAGAAACUGACUCAGAUCUUCCUGAAGUCGUUGAGUUCCACCGUCAGAAAUCAGAUUUCUCCCGUAAAGUACGCAAUCCAAUCCCAGCAUGCCCGGAAGAGGUCAGUGAAGAGUGUAGCAACAGUGCCGAGACGUUAACAGGGGAGGAAACUCUCCUGGACGUCCCAGCAGGGUUGGAAACUGAUGAAGACGCAGAAGAAUAUGAAGACUUUGAUGAGAAUGUGUUACUUGGAGUUGACGAGAAAAUGGGCAGUGAAAGGGGAUCUGACACGGCAAGCAUUGGCCGUGACUCCCUGAAGAGUGAUGAGAUUCCAUACAAGCAGCCAUUGCUUGGCAUGGAUGAUGAUGACACCAAUUCUUUAUUCCAAAAUGGUCGACGUUUCUCCUUCCCGGUAUCUAUACAUGACCGGUCCAACCGGCGGGACCGUAGCCAUAGCAACAGCCGUGUUUGCAGCCGGAUCAGUGACAGAGACAUGGAUGAACAGCUGUCUGCUUCGGAAGACAAUGCUAGUGACCUUUCUCCUCAGCUGAAAUUGUCGCAGUCCGAGGAAGAUGAGGAAGACGACCACAUCAACAUAAAUGCAGGCAGUAACAACAGUAACAACAACAACAACAAUAAUAUUGAUGGCAAUAACGAGUACGAUAACGAUGUCGUCAUCGGCGGCAGUCACGAACACGAUGAUGUCAGCAGCAAAACUGAAGCGUAUCAAGAACGUCAUCGAUCGUCAUCGCAGAAAGACGAUUCCCCAGCAUCAAGUAGCGGGGACAGAUCGACUGACAUGUGCACAUCGCUGCCAAGCAGCCAGGUCCCGCAGAUGCAUAUGGUGCGCAGUGAGACAGACGAGUUCAGAAAGUGCAUGGAAGGUAGUAAGUGGGAGGAGAUUGUGAACAUCCGUGAUGUGUCGUCAGACAGUGUGAAGUGGUUAUGCCACAGGCUCGGUCCGUUGCUGGCGGCCCGUUAUUUCUCGCUCAACCUUAUCAGACUUCUUCCGCUCUGCUACAUGGAUGAAGAACAAUUAUUGACGGCAACAGAGAACACUUCAAACUGUCGCAAGUCCAGCCAGUUGGUCAACGGAGAUGUCUCUGCUGUCAAGGUGCUGGACUGUCUCUCCUUUAUGGCCCUGUUGUAUGGUGAACAGGUCAUACUCUUGCAGUAUUUCCCAGCCAUGGAGGACAUGGUAACAGCUGCUGAGAAAGAGAUGAGCCAAGCAGCAGAAGCAGGGCUGAUCGCCUCAUUGGUCCUCAUGCGCCACAUGGUUCCACUGCUCUCUGAGAAAACCCUUAUGGACCUUCUCCAGGAUCUGAAGGUGCACAAAAUACUACAUUCAGUGAUGCAACUUACUGCACUGCCCAUCUGCUUCCCGAGUGGGACGCAUGCACGCAGCCUCAUUCUGCAUAAAGUGGUGGAUGUGCUCUACAUUGUUGGGGUGAGAAUUGGCUUUGAGAUGACCAGGAAGCACUUGACUGAAACCAUGCAGCUCUUUUUCAACUCAUUCUAUUUGGUGCAUUGUCCGGAUGCGUGUCCAAGUGGAAGUCACAAGGACUUUCUGCAUCGGACACAAGCUGUGGCUGGCAGCAGCUCCAAGGGACAGGUCAGGGAAAAGAUCUCUGGAUCAGUGGCUUCCAAUGACAGUGAAGACUCCGAGGAACUGUAUUGGAAGAUCAAGAUUGAUGCCAACACUGAAGAAUAUAAAAUUGGUUCCCCAGUCAACAUCCAUGAACUGCAUCGGUCCUCACCAACAACAUCAGCAACACCAACAUCACAGGCGUUCCGUUUGUUGAAGUCACGCUGCAAGAGAGCAGGGAGCACGACCAGCAUUACAUCAUUGACCAAGAGUAAUCUCAGUGACUAUAGCAUCAGCCCCCUGCCGAUGAACAAUACCAUUGACAAACAGCCAGAACAUGUGAAGCAGGAAAUGAAGAAUGUCUUCUCACCAGAGUUGGCUCAUGCAGCAUAUAUUCCUCUGUGCCAAAUCUUUGGCAGCAUCCACAUGGAACAGUCACUCUGGAACGAUGAUCUCAUUCGACAGCUCUGUAGCCAAUAUGACAGCACCCUCGACAAAUUACCAUCAUCAGCACUAAGUGAGUCCUUUGAUUCUUCCAUUGAAGGUGUGACUCCUGACCUUGAGACACCAAGUGACUCUAAAACCAUCGAAAGCUUACUGGCCAAGACCGAAGACCCUGGGCCCCAUGGUGGGAUUGGCAGCAACGUCGCAGUAGUUGGCAACCGGAUAGAACUUCAGCAGCAACUGGGCAGUGGACAUCCAGAGGUACCUGCAGUGAGUCCAGGCUAUAAGCACACCGGAAUCCUUCAUAUUGGACAGGAGGAUCUCAAAAACCCUGAAAUGGAGGUGAACAACCAACGCCACCUACGAGGCAACUGGCUGGCCUACUGGGAACAUGAACUGGGGCUGAGUGACCGAACAGCAGCCUUCAACUUCAAACACAUCAAACUGCAAACUUUCUUGGGUCACAACACCAGCAUCAGAUCACUGUGUGUGUUGGACAGUGAGAGCUCCUUCAUCAGUGCAAGUAAAGACAAGACUGUUAAACUCUGGUCACUGACCAGCUUUGGAGAUGGAUCCGGAAAAUGUGGUUGUCAAUGGACGUAUCGGUUGCACAAGAAGUCCGUGUUUAGCGUUGGCUUCUUGGAGAGUGUCCGUCUGGUUGCAUCCAGUGACAGUACUGUGCAUAUAUGGGAUCCAUUUCGAGGAGACUGUGUCCGUCAGUUGGAAUCAUCAAAGAACAGUCCUGUGAUUGCCCUGGCACCAAUUCCAGCACCAAGUUCUAUGAUGAUUACUGCGACUAAUGAUUCCACUCUCAGGUUUUUGGACCUGCGUACAGGUAGCUAUGCUCAUGAAUAUAGAUGCUCUCCUGUGUCAGCUGGUGUGAUCAGAUCAGUAACUGUCAGCCCAGACAGCAAUUGGGUUGCUGUGGCCUUCUCUUCUGGGAUUGUCUCAGUUCUUGAUAUCAGGGCUGGUACACUUCUUGGUCAGCGAAAGGCUCAUGACACUGAUAUAUUGCAGAUCAAAGCAUGCAACCGUCACACGUUUGUGACAUCCUCCUUUGACCAAACUAUGCGGCUGUGGAACUCCAGUGACCUGAAGGAAAUCUGUCAGUUCAAGGGUGCAUCAGAACCCGUUCACUGCAUUGGUUUGUACCGUAAUCAGAUCAUCUCUGCCACAGCAGGCAAUAAAAUUGGUGUCCACUCUUCCAUUGAUCGGCAUGCCAGCUACAGCAAUACGAAACUCCACCCAGAUACAUUUAAAGGAGUCUUAGCAAGUAUGGCAGUUCUUCCACUGAACAGGACGUUACUUCUGGGAGCUGACAACGGAGCUAUCCAACUCCUCUGUUGAAAAAUCAGUUUUAAAAAAUGUGGGGGGGGGAAAUACUCUCUCAUGGACAUAGUCCUGCUUUUAUAUGGGAGAGAGAGAGAGAGACAUCUUUUAUUAAUUACCACUGCCACCACCACCACCACCAUCAUCAUCAUUUCAUUAUCAUCAUUAUCAUUAUAUAAUAAUUAUUUGGGCAGUGGAUGGCCAGAAUUGGUUGACUGAAUGAACAGAAUAGCUUGUUACGCUCCAUGUUCUGAUUUCAAAUCCCACCA